UACAAAAAAUAUUAUCUCUUUAAACGAACUUGUUUUUCUAAAAUUGGAACAAAACCCGGUGAUGCAUAGUGAAAAUGGCGAAAGCCAGUCAAAAUUUUCAUCCAAUACUCAUCAUCAAACAACUUCAUCCUUUCGAUCAUUCACUUUUCGAUUGAACAAUCCAAACAUUCAAUUUCCAUUGAUAACGAUUCAUCCGAUUGUGAUUCCACGGUUUUCCAUCAAACAUCCAUUCCGAUCUGAACAGAUUAUGGAACAAAAAACCAAAACAAUGACUAAUCGUAAUAAUGAUGAUAAUAAUAAUAAUGGCCAUGAUAUUGAAUAUCUACUCAUGUUGCCAUCUGAGCAGUCUACUCUAAAUGAAAAUAGUGAUAUAUCAUCGAUAACAUCGUUUGGUUCCAAUGAAACCGAAAAAUUACUAGUCCAAUACCUCAACGAACGUCCGAUGCUCAAAUCUUUUAUGGUCGGUUCAUUAAGUGGAACAUGUUCAACGCUUUUGUUUCAACCAUUCGAUUUGCUCAAGACCAGAGUGCAAAAUGCCCACUUAUCUUCAUUGGCAAUUAGUCGUAACCAAAGUGUUCCAGCAUCUGCUAUGCCAUCAACUCGAUUCGUUACGGUGACAUACGAGACAAUCAAAAAUGAACAGAUUAUUGGUUUGUGGCGUGGUACAGCACCGUCGCUACUUCGUUGUGUCCCUGGUAUUGGUAUUCAUUUCUGUUGUUUGGACACCUUACAAAGCCAUUUCUGUCCAGAUCGUCGACCAUCAGCUAUUGAAGCCAUGACAUUCGGCAUGAUGUCCCGUAGUAUUGCAGCUGUAUUACUCAUACCAGUUACGGUAGUUAAAACACGUUAUGAAAGUGGUUCUUACGCCUACCAAAGUAUCGUCGAUGCAUUAAGGCAUACAUAUCGUAAUGAAGGUCUCCGUGGAUUGAAAUCCGGCCUAUUGCCAACAUUAAUGCGAGAUGUUCCAUACUCGGGUCUAUACUAUAUGUUUUAUUCACAAAUGAAAAAUUUUAUGCUAACCAAAAACGCAGAUGAAAUUCAGCGAAAUUCACAACAGUAUUCGAAGAUCAUAUCAUCAUCAUCCAUUACAUUCGCAUGUGGUGUUUCGGCGGGUCUUUUAGCAUCCGCUGUCACACAACCGAUGGACGUGGUCAAAACUCGAAUGCAAGUCAACACGAAACAAUAUCCUUCUUUCCUUAAAACAACCCUAUCAAUUGUGAAAGAAGAAAAGAUACGUGGUCUAUUCGCUGGUUUGGUUCCCCGAAUGAUGCGUCGAACAUUAAUGGCUUCGAUGGCGUGGACUGUUUAUGAACAAAUGAUGAGAAGCUUAUGUCUCAAAUGACAUCUAUAAAUGUUAUAAGUGCCAUAAUUAUUUAUUUUAUUAAAAAAAUCUAUCAAAAAAAAAA